AUGACGGUCGCCGCCAGCACGAUGCCCACAGCGUACAGAACCCCAACUAAGGCUAUACUAUCGAAAGAACAACUUGCCGCGUUCGAGUCCACACCAACACAUACUGCCAUCCUAACGUAUAUCGAGACAUUAAACUCGGCUGUCGUGAACGUGAAGCUUACCGCCGACUGUUCUCAAUCGCCCGGAUUAGAUGCCGCGCUGAAGCAUCGCGUUUCGGCAACCCUGCAUUCAAGACACGAUCGAGUACUAGAAGAGUCAGUGGCUAUCCACGAGACGUUACCUGACUUGCCGAAGGACGCGAUCCAGGAGUUGAAGGCGUACUUUGAGGAAUGCUGGGGUAGCCGGAGUAGGAUUGACUACGGGAGCGGGAUGGAGUUGAACUUUCUAUGUUGGAUGCUCUGCCUCGAACGUCUUGGCGUCUUCAAGGACUCGGACCAUAUAGCUUUGGUGACGCGUGUAUUUUUGGAGCUUGACACUCCAGGAACUUGGUUAAUGCGCCGACCUCGCAAGCAAAGCGAACGACAUAUCCUUCCAGAUACCGGGCUUGUAUGGCGCCCCAAAUGGCAGAGCGGGCUUGAGUCGAUACCCUCUGCGGACACAUGUGUCGUGCUGGACAAAGUGAUCAAUGCCUUUUCGGCCCGGCUUUCGUACUUUCGGUCUUUCGUGUUGAAUGUACCGCUUGAAGAGGUCAACUCUGAUGAAUCAGAGUGUAAAAGGUUGACACGCGAUGACCUCGACAAACUCAAAGAACUCUUGGUCUCUACCGAACAUAGUUCGGGUGAGGCUCUCGCUUCAUCGGACGCGACGGUCCAGAAGGAGGCAUGCCGCCUUCUUGGUCGAUCCGCAAGCCAGUUGCAGUUGACUCGUGCUCUACUUCAGUACCUUGGGACGACACCAUGGGGAAUGAACGUGCCUCAUGGAACCCAAUCAUGGCCGCCGAACAUAGAAGAUCAACCGUACCUCGUGCAUCUCGAGGCUCUUCGAGGGCAUUUUUCCUAA